AAAAAAAAUUCUAUUUCUAAAAAGUAAGCGGAGCUCAACAACACUCAUCUCUUGACACAAGAAAAGUAAAGUUAUUUCGAUUCUAAUUCUUUGUCUUCUUCUUCGUCUUCUUCCUCUACUCCUACUCUUAAACUCUUCCUCUGAACUCUUAUAACCUUAUUCUUCCUUCACUUAUGGAUCGGAUCCUUCUUACCGGGUCACUUCUCACACUCCUCACUUUCUCUUUCGUCUUAGAAGUAGAGUCAACGACGUUCAAAUUAUUAAACAAAUGCCGGAACACCAUAUGGCCCGGCUUACUAUCCGGUGCCAACUCAGCUCCGCUCCCCACCACCGGCUUCGCUCUCCACAGCGACGAAUCCCGUACCUUACACAUACCCAGAGCGUGGUCCGGUCGGUUAUGGGCUCGGACCCAUUGCGGCCAUGACUCAACCGGGAAAUUUUUAUGCAUCGCCGGGGACUGCGGUUCCGGCAAGGUGGAGUGCGAAGGAGCCGGGGCCAAGCCGCCAGCCACACUAGCUGAGUUCACUCUUAACGGCGCCGACGGCUUGGACUUCUACGACGUCAGCUUGGUCGACGGGUACAACAUCCCGAUGCUGAUCGUCCCCAAGGGAGGUACCAGAGGUGGAUGCGGUGCCACCGGUUGCCUCGUCGACUUAAACGGGGCUUGUCCGACAGCAUUGCGAGUGGCGCGUGCAAAUGGCAAGGGAAGCGUGGCGUGUAGGAGCGCGUGUGAGGCGUUCGGGGAUCCCCGCUUUUGUUGUAGUGAGGCGUACUCUACGCCAGACACGUGUGGACCUUCGCCUUAUUCGCUCUUCUUCAAACAUGCUUGCCCACGCUCGUAUAGCUACGCGUAUGAUGACAAGACCAGCACUUACACGUGCGCCUCCGCUGAUUACAUUAUUAUAUUUUGCCCAUUACCGUAUACGAGCCAGAAAGUGUUGGGAGCAAGGAAAGAUGGGAUACCGCUACCACUGGUGAAUAAGACCAUGAUGUACUUAAGAAACCGACAAUCGAGUGGAGCUGUAGCAUCAUCCACAGGCAGAUAAACAUUACUUAAAGCUCGUCAAGAUUGGUACCAAUGCCGUUUAUACGUACUUUGUUCUACUGCCCUUAUGGCUCUUCCUUAGAGCUUUCAUCUGGAUUUAAGGUAAAGGGUUUAUAGGCUUCACAAUUGCUGCCACCACAAACAUUUGUGUAUAUAAAUUUUAUGUUUGAUUUGUUUAGGUUCACAUACGUCUAGGAGAGUCAUAAUUUUAUAUCUUAUUGACUUUUACAUCAAAAGUUGUAGUUUUGUUGGAAAGCAUUGAGAUUUCAUUUUCACAUAUUGAGGAACUAUAUAAAGUUUAUAUGUUUAAAUCCUUGAAGGGCGAAAAAUUCAUAUUUGUUGUUGCA